UGGUAUUGCAAUUUCUAUAUUGCUAAAAUUCUUUGUCGAUUCCAGGCACCGGAUCCAAAUUCCGAAUCCAAGUAUCACUUGAGCUACAUCUCUACUGAGCCUAAAAUUUAAUCUUACCCUGUAUUCUGACGAGAAUCACUGGAAAGAAAAUGCUAAAAAGACGCAGAGGAAGUGUUGGUAAAGCCAUGGCUAUGCUGCUUUUCGGCCUCAUUUGGUUAUCAUUUCUUGCAGAUGUAGGGAUUGUAGCAGCCCAAGAUGAAUGCUUGCCCACCCGGUGCGGCAACGGCACAGAAAUCCGGUUCCCCUUCUGGCUAAAAGGGCAUCAGCCGGAUCGUUGCGGCUAUCCAGGCUUUGAGCUAACUUGCUCUCCCAGCAACGCCACAGAGAUGGAGCUCCAGUACCCGAUUACGGCUUCAACCAACAAUAUAGUGAUCCCUUUACGCGUUACACUUGGGAUUUAUGAGAUUGAUUACAAAUCCCAGGUGUUGACCAGUGAUAGAAUUACUGUUCCUGAAUGCCUCCCCAGGCAGGUUCCUCAGGUGAAUUCAUCUGCCUCGCCAUUCGGGGUAGUUAGUGUCUUCAGUAUUGAUGGCUUCAGUUUGUUUAAUUGUUCUACUUCUUCCAACAACGGUACUAGAAUUCAUUCCAGAAUUGGAUCGCCUGUUCCUUGCCUUAGUUCCCCUGCAUUCCAAGUCCUUUACUUGGAUUCCAUCUAUAGUAUUUCUGACUUUGCGCAGCCAUCUUGUGUAAAGAUGUACAACAUUUCUUAUGUUCCAAAAGCUGUGUUUACUGGGCAAGAGCAAUAUGAACAUUAUAGUCCUUAUGAUUAUGUUCGUCUCAAUUGGUCCAAACCAUCUUGUGCAAAUUGUGAGGCAAAAGGGGAGUAUUGCAGCUUAAAGAUCAAUGGCACAAAUGAUGAAACGGAAUGUGUUGACAUUCCUAUCCAGCCUGGGGAUGGUUCAUCCAACAAAAAAGCAAUAAUUGCCGGUGUAACAGUAGCUGUGGUCGUUGUAUUCACAGUUCUCCUUGUGUUGUCUGUCGUUUUCAUAUCGGAAAAAAGAAAGAAAGAGGAGCAGAAAAAGUUUGAGAAAUUUCUGGAGGAUUACAAAGCUCUGAGGCCUAUAAGAUUCUCUUAUGCUGAUAUAAGAAAAAUAACAUGUCAAUUUAAGGAGAAAUUAGGCCAAGGAGGUUAUGGAACAGUGUACAAAGGAAAGAUCUCUGAUGAUACAUUGGUUGCUGUUAAGGUCCUCAGCAAUUUUAAAGGGAAUGGCGAAGAAUUCAUCAAUGAAGUAGGUACAAUUGGCAGAAUUCACCAUAUAAAUGUGGUUCGGCUGGUGGGAUUUUGUGCAGAUGGCUACAGGCGGGCACUCGUGUAUGAGUUCUUGCCAAAUGAUUCCCUCCAUAAGUUCAUAUCUUCCGGGAAGCAGCUGGUUCGUUGGGAAAUGCUGGAACAAAUUGCCAUUGGCAUAGCCAAAGGGCUUGAUUAUCUUCAUCAGGGAUGCAAUCAAAGAAUUCUUCACUUUGAUAUUAAACCACAUAAUAUCUUGCUAGAUCAGAAUUUUAGUCCUAAGGUUGCUGAUUUUGGCCUGGCCAAAUUAUGUUCGAAGGAGCAAAGCAUAGUGUUCGUGACUGCUGCCCGAGGGACAAUAGGCUAUAUUUCAGCUGAGAUGUUCUCUAGAAACUAUGGUAAUGUAUCUUACAAAUCUGAUGUUUAUAGUUUCGGCAUGUUGUUGCUUGAUAUGAUUGGAGGAAGAAAGAACUUUCACGCUGGGGCAGAUGAUAGCAGUCAAAUCUAUUAUCCAGAGUGGGUGUAUAAUCAACUGGAGAAAGGAGAAACCUUUUCAAUCCAAAUUGAUGAAGAGAAAAACAGUAAAAUAUUCAAGAAAUUGGCAAUUGUGGGGCUUUGGUGCAUUCAGUGGUAUCCUGCUGACCGGCCUUCCAUGAAAGCUGUGAUUCAAAUGCUGGAAGGAGAAAACUUGCCAAUCAUGCCGCCAAACCCUUUUGCUUCCUCAAAAGUUGGAAAGACUGAUGGAAGCUUUUCCACUUGGGAGGGAGAUAGCAUUUCUGAAGCAAUUGAGGGCAAUUGUUAACCUUUUUUUUUUUUUUUCCUGUGGUAGUAUAUCGUUUACUAAUAUUCAGCAUAUAUCAAAUACAUUCAGGCUAGAAAAUGCUGCUUUCUUCAGAAAUGUUCCCACUUCUGCUGUUAGAAUUGUUUCUGAUAGUGUUAGUUUAAUCAUAGCUGUGGAAUGUGGAGGCUCCCUGCUAUGGAAUUCAAGUGUUUUGGACCUUUGGUACUGUGUAAUGGGUGUAUAGAUGAGGAUUUACUGAUGUACAUACGGCUGUUGUGCCUUGAUUAAUAAAAAGUUACUUUGCUAAAAAAAUAAAGUCAUCUUUUCAGUUC